AUGGCUAAAAGCAAUAUUCAUCCCAUUUUUAAUAAAUACAACGUAGAUGGAGAGAAAACUAUUUGUUCUCUUUGCAACAAAGAAUAUAAUUCUCCUUUGAAUAUCUCAACAGCAAAGAAUCAUUUUAGAUUCAAACAUCUUAAUAUUUGGAAGGAAUUAAAAUCUGAUCGUAGAGGUAUAAGGCGUAGAUCUCGCCAUAGGGUUUAUGAAUAUUUUUCUGUAAUUGAUUCCGGAGAAUAUCAGUGUAAUUUAUGUUCUCAUAAGUUUAAAGAACCUCAAUGUACAGACUUAAAAUACCAUUUUGCUCGUUACCAUAAAGAAGUUUGGGACUCUAUUAAAAGAAAAAAAAUAGAACGUGGUGAUAAAUUGGAUCGAUCUCAAGAAAAUUAUGAUGAAGUCACGUCUGAAAGCUCUCAAACUGGUUUUAUGAGGAACGAUGAAAUUCCGGAACUUGAUACGGUUAAUAUUUCAUCUGAUUCUGGUAAUGGUGAUGAUAACGAUGCAGAAAUGGUAAAGAACAUGAAGAAAGUUAAUCUUAUCGAAUCUAUUGACAUGGAGAAUGAAAAUACUGAAGUUAGGAUUAAAAAAGACGAGGUUAUCAUUAAAGGAAAAGGAAAAAUUAAUUUUUUUAA